AUGGCGAAAAAACGGAGGAGCCCGAGUCCUAGAAUUCCGAGUAAAAAAAAUUUCCACGUGGAUUCUGAAGGUGUCACCGAAUUUUAUAAAAAUCAGAAGGAGUUAUUGGAGAAAUUCGAGGAGGAUCAAAAAACGAUCAGAAGUCCGGAGAAGGCGAAAGAAGAGGAUGAGAAGUCGGAAGAUCGAUUUUUGGCGCAAGCGGUUUUCGCGCUAAAUAUUGCGUCGCUUAUUGGAAAUUUGGUGGCUUCGGUGGUUUCGGGAUCGUUGAGUAUUAUGAGGUGAGCAAGGCGCAUUUAAGCAGUCCCAAAAUGCUCUGCUUCUCUGCGUCUCUUCUGAAAUUUACAGCGAGAGAUAGUUAAGCAGUCCCAAAAUCUCAUAAGCAGACACAAAAUGAUCUGCUUCUCUGCGUCUCUCAUAAAAAUCUACAACGAGAGAUAGUUAAGCAGUCCCAAAAUCUCAUAAGCAGUCCCAAAAAUCUCUGCUUCUCUGCGUCUCUCAUAAAAAUCUACAGCGAGAGAUAGUUAAGCAGUCCCAAAAUCUCAUAAGCAGUCCCAAAAAUCUCUGCUUCUCUGCGUGUCUCAUAAAAAUCUACAGCGAGAGAUAGUUAAGCAGUCCCAAAAUCUCAUAAGCAGUCCCAAAAAUCUCUGCUUCUCUGCGUCUCUCAUAAAAAUCUACAGCGAGAGAUAGUUAAGCAGUCCCAAAAUCUCAUAAGCAGUCCCAAAAAUCUCUGCUUCUCUGCGUCUCUCAUAAAAAUCUACAGCGAGAGAUAGUUAAGCAGUCCCAAAAUCUCAUAAGCAGUCCCAAAAAUCUCUGCUUCUCUGCGUGUCUCAUAAAAAUCUACAGCGAGAAAUAGUUAAGCAGUCCCAAAAAAAUAAGCAGUCCCAAAAAAAUAAGCAGUCCCAAAAAAAUAAGCAGUCCCAAAUUUCUCUGCUUCUCUGCGUCUCUUCAGAAAUCUACAGCGAGAGAUAGUUAAGCAGUCCCAAAGUGAAAAUAUUCUUUGGGACUGCUUAACUAUCUCUCGCUAUAGAUUUUGUGAGAGACGCAGAGAAAUUUGUGUCUGCUUAUUUUUGGGACUGCUUAUUUAUCUCUCUGCAUGCAAUUCAUGAGAGACGCAGAGAAAUAGAGAAUUUUUGGGACUAUUGAUUUUUUGUAAAAAAAAAUGCACGCUGUUAAUUUCCCCUCUCAAAAAAACUUCCAAAAUUAUUUUCAAAAAUUUUUUUGUCAUCAAAGCAAAAAAACAGUAGCUUAUCAUCUUUAAAGUGCAAACUAUCACAAACUAGAACAUAAUUUCUCUGCGUCUCUAACCCUCUCUCAUUUCCUACAGUACCUUCGUGGAUUCGUCGAUGGAUAUCGCGUGCAGUUUCGUCAUGAACAUUUGCCUUUCCGAAAUCAACAAAACCGACCAGAACAAAUAUCCACGUGGCCGCGAUCGACUUGAGCUAA